AUGGGGCGAGUUUGCUAUGAACAGUGGCAGGAAGUGUGUAGACAGCUGGAGAUACGAUGUUCGUUCACCAUAGCAUAUCAUCCUAGUUCAAAUGGUUUAGUUGAACGGACAAACAGGGUUGUGAAGGAUGCCCUUGCUAUGCUUGUGGCUGAUAAACCAGGGAGGUGGCCGCUAUAUCUGACCUCCGUAAGGUUAGCCAUAAAUUCAGCCAUACAUCGCUCGGUGGGGGACCAGCCUCUUUACCUCCUUACUGGGAAGAUGGCCUUGUUUCCCAGGGGACUCACCAACCAAGUAACGACGGACACUAAUCUCAGGGUGCAACAGCUGGCUAAGGCCAGGCAGCUUGCCAUUGCUGCUUCUCUCCGUUCCAGAGAGGCCAAUGCACAGGCGCACAAUCGGAAAGUUCGCUCUACCUGGCAGCCGGAGGAAGGUGCGCUCGUCCUCCGUAGGGACUUUACCGGAGGGGCGUUACAGGACCGAUGGCAAGGUCCCUGUAGAGUGAUCAAGCAAAUAGGUCCCGUUGUAUUCGAGGUUAAAGACCUUCAGCCCCCUUAUCGUAUAGUGAAGCAGCACAGAGAUCAGUUGAAAAUGUAUCUCCCUCCUGCUGAACUAGACUAUGUUGAGGUUGGAGACAGACUGCCUUCUGAUCCCCCAGGUGUUGACGGUCCGUUGCCAGGCCGUCCCCCAGACGUAGCAGCACCUGUACAUGUGCUUGAUGACUUCGGGUAUGACCGGACGGAAGACGAAUUUAGUAAUUCGGGACCCCAGGUCUCCUAG